ACAUUAUAAAAGUGUCAUGGCGUCUGAAACAGUAUCUCCGCAUUCUGUCUCUCCCUCUCUCUCUCCCUCAGUUUCUGUUGAUCCAAUGAUCAAUAGCAGUGUCGCUCUAAUGUAUAACCUUUGGAUGGACUGGGGGAUCAAACAGAGUCAGGAGUUAUCAUUACUACUGUAUAACAACCAACUGGCCAGUGUCACCUCAGUGUUGAUAUUACUACUGAGCUGUGCCUUCGUGUACUGCUGCAACUGCUGCUGCUGCUGCUGCUAUAGGAGACAGCAAGAGAGACGUCAGUCUAAAGUGGUACCGUCUUCUCGCUCAUCAGAGAUAAGGAAACGGGAUUUAGUCCGUCACUUGGGACGAAGAGUCAUGAGAGUUGGAAAGACUCGUCUUCAUGAAUUUAGAAGAAAUUCAAUUGGGUUUCGGUUCCAGCCCCUCCCCCCCAGUACGUCUGAUAUUCAGUUACACAGAGAACCACCUGCAGCUUACCUUGAAGCAGAUCUGGAGCUUGAGAGUCAAAUACCUCAUGAUGUUAUGUAUCUUUUAAAAAGUGUUCGGGUUUUUGGUCAUUUUGAGAAACCUUUGUUCAUGGAACUGUGCAAACACGUGGAGACAAAGUUUGUUCCAUCUGGUGCCAUUUUGUUUCGACCAGGCCAGGUGGAUGACAGUAUCUAUGUAGUACAGAAUGGUAAACUGCAUGUGUUCUUGAUUGAACAAGAUGGAACUGAGUUUCCUCUUAAAGAUGCUGGAACUGGGGAAAGUGUUCACAGUUUACUGAGCCUAAUGGAUGCCAUUAUUGGUCAGCCACACCCCUUUAGGACUGUCUCUGCUAGAGCAGUGAGAGAUACUUACGUACUUCAGAUAAGAGCUAAUUCAUUUAAAAAGUUUUUUGAUGAAAAUCCGGAUUCACUUCUAAGAAUAAUACAAAUCAUAAUGCUGCGGUUGCAGAGGGUCACCUUCCUUGCAUUGAACCAGUUUCUUGGACUAGGACAAGAACUACUGAUACAAAAAGUGUCUAUACCUACUGACCUCAAUAUUUAUAAACUGAAGCACUCCUUUCAAAGAACUGGAACUAACCAAUCGCUUCAAGUUGAUGAUUAUGAAACCAGUGAUACUAUUAAUAGUUUCAGUACUCAAUUGGUGGGCGGUGACAGUGACAGUGAGGGAUUGACAUCAGAUGGAAGGAAUAGUGACCCUCCCCCUCCUCCUCUUGAAGUGACUAAGUAUGACUCGACUGGUGAUGAAUCCACUGGCAAGAAGCCAAAGGCUGUUGCUAUAGAUACCAGUCAAAAUGCAUCAUUCACUCACCGACUGAUACCAGCCCAGAGUCCUGAGUUCGAUAAUGUCAUUAAUCAGGCUAGAGUUGAUAGAAUGGAGUUUGGUGGUUCUCAGCCAGUGAAAGCUAAUCUCAUUCAAAAUGUUCCAUUAAGAUAUUCUCACUUUGUGUCUCUCGAGAGCAACGAUAUAUUACAAGCAGCAACUGCUGACCUCAUCAAAAUAUUCCAACUCAAAGAUAACUCACUUCUCAAUGGAAGGAUACAGCUAAUUGAAGUGGCUUGUAACUCUGUCCUUGGAUAUGAAGGAGAUCUUGACAGUUGUGUGUAUUUCAUAGUCUCUGGGCGGAUUAAAGUGUUCAAGUUGCACAGUUCAAAGGAGAGUGGCUCAUGCAGUCAUGAAGAGUUGCUGUAUUACGCUCAACCUGGAGAAUUUGUUGGAGUCCUGUCAGCUCUGACUGGUGAACCUUCCUUUAUAUCAUUGAAAGCAGCUUCAUAUUCUCAUCUUAUUGCCAUCACUAAGACUAACCUUUAUCAGAUCCUGUCAGAGCACCCGAUAGCUGUCUGUGGGAUAGCGUCUGAUCUUGUGAGAAGAUUGUCUCAUUUUGUCAAACAAAUGGACUUUGCUCUUGACUGGAUGGACUUAGAAGCUGGGAAAGCAUUGUACAGGCAGGGGGAGGAGUCUACUGUUGCUUAUAUCAUACUGAACGGGAGGUUGCGGUCAGUGGUGAAGAAUGAAGACGGAAAGAAAGAAUUAGCUGAUGAGUAUGGGCGUGGUGAAACAGUGGGUGUGGUUGAAGUAAUGACAAAAUCACCUCGUGCCACUACAGUCCAUGCUAUAAGAGAUACAGAGUUAGCAAGUGUUCCAUUGGGUUUGCUAAAUACAAUUAAAAUGAAGAAACCUCAGGUGGUGUCCAGGCUGAUCCAGUUACUAGGGGAGAAGAUAAUGGGAAGCUAUAACAGAGUCCUGUCAAUGCCAGCUGGACCCACUGAGAGUAAGUCAACUGUUGAACUGAUUAUAAUGUACAUCAACAUGUAUUCAUUAGACUCUACAAUGCUCAGUAAGCACUUGGUCUCUAACCUCUCGACUGUUGCUGUGGUACCAAUAUCAGCUGACAUUCCCUUAUCACACAUCACCAGACACCUCACUGCUGCUGUCAACACUAUUGUUUCUGCUAAAAGGUUAACCAGUAAACUGAUAGAAGAAGAACUGGGUACAUCAGCACUAGAGAGUGUUCAUGAGUACAGACUGUGCACGUGGCUAGGGCAUCAGGAAGACACUCAUAAAAUUGUUAUUUAUCAAGCAAACGGAUCCUUAACCCCUUGGACUGCUAGAUGCAUCAGACAAGCUGACUGUAUCUUACUGGUGGGGGUAGGGGACCAAGUACCUAACUUUAAUUCAAUGGGAACGAUAGUUACACAAGUUGAAAAGAUAUCAGCAAGAGUUCGUAAAGAGCUGGUCCUGCUUCAUAAAGAAGGUGUGGCUCACCCACAGGGCACAGUCCAGUGGCUCAAUGCUUUGGGUUGGCUGUCAUCAUAUUUCCAUGUGAGGUGCCCUGAUGAGUUCUUCACAGAAACCUCCUCAGCAGCUGAUGAAAGAUCACUACCCACCCCACCAGACAAACAUUCUGACAUUGCAAGAUUGGCAAGGAGGCUAACAGGGACAUCAGUUGGACUGGUAUUAGGAGGAGGAGGAGCUAGGGGGUUGUCUCACUGUGGGAUCAUCAAAGCAUUUCAAGAAGCAGGUGUUCCUAUUGAUAUGGUGGGUGGUACCAGCAUUGGUGCUCUAGUUGGGGCCCUCUACUCUGAGGAAUGUGACGCUGGAGAAGUUCUUAAAAGAGCAAGCACCUUCUCCAAGAGAAUGGCAGCAUACUGGGACAAGAUACUGGACCUGACCUAUCCUUCAAUGUCAAUGUUUACUGGGCGUGCAUUUAAUACUAUAAUAUACAAUGUAUUUCAUGAGAGACACAUUGAGGACUUAUGGCUGCCGUACUAUUGUGUAACUACUGAUGUCACUGACUCCAAGAUGAGGGUCCACACUGCUGGCUGCUUGUGGAGGUACGUGAGAGCUAGCAUGUCACUGUCUGGGUACCUCCCUCCUCUUUGUGACCCUGUGGAUGGACACCUCCUCCUUGACGGAGGAUAUGUCAACAACCUACCUGCUGAUCUGAUGUCGUCUCAAGGAGCUGAACACAUCAUUGCCAUUGACGUUGGAUCGGAAGAUAAUAACGCCCUAUUGAAUUAUGGGGACUCUAUCUCUGGCUGGAGAAUUAUUUGUAAUAAAUUGAAUCCUUUUUCAAAAACAAUGAGGAUUCCUAACUUGACAGAGAUACAGUCAAGAUUGGCGUAUGUAUCUUGUGUUCGACAAUUGGAAACUGUCAAGAAUGAUUCUUCUUGUGAAUACAUACGACCACCUAUUGACAAUAUUGCUACAAUGCAGUUUGGAAGUUUUGAUGAAAUUGCACACAUUGGUUAUAAGCACUGCAAGUCAGUCCUCAGUAGUUGGACUAAAAGCCACACCCUCUCACACUUAUUAACUGAGACUCUCGCUAAGGAUUUUAGACAAAAACGAAACCUAAUGGAACCAUCAGAUAAGUCGUUAAGUCGUAAGGUUCCAUCAAUUCAUAACCUGGCAGCUCUAGCAGCUGAAAUACCUCAACUGAAGAACAAGGAGACGGUGAUGCAAGAUGAAGACAUUGAUGGUUAUUGGUCUAAUCCUGAGGUAGUCCCUGUGAGUACUGAGGAACCGGACGAGGAGGAGGAGGACAGCUAUGAAGAACAGUCACUGAAGAAAGGCACUGAUACUAAAAAUAACAGACAGCAACUUGUUACUAAUAAUAGUAACAGAAGUAUGGCAUAUUCUGACUCUGAGAUCCAUAAUAUAAAUUAACAAUCAGUAUACUAUUGGUAUUCCUCAGUAUACUAUAAUAAUCAGUGUUAUUAUUAGUAAAUCUUCGGUAUACUA